CCUCUUUCUUGCGUUCUUUCUUCUGCCCGACACGCACCUUCCAUGUCUGCGAACUGCUCUCCAACUUUCAACCUUCCUUUCUCGCGCCAGUUCAACGACAUCUGGUUCAUGUCAAGGCAUCACUAAUUACUAUCGAUCAAAAGAGAGGAUAUUCAUAUACCCAUAUACCUUCUCUACCGCUGUGGAACCAGCUUCAACUGAGUCACAAUACAAAGUAAGUAUUCUCCCAAUGUCUGACCUUCCUUCUGCUCCCUAACCUGUAGACAGUUUAUUCCCUCCAUAUCUCCUCCAAAUCACGCAAAAUGGCCAUCGUCACGCGCACGAUUUCCAUGCUCAACUUCAUCAUCACCUCUUCCGCCCUCACCUUCCAAGUCACUGUCUUGUACCCAUGGCACAAGCAACUCGACGACAGCUUCGAGGCCCUGAAGAAGGAACACGUCUCCCUGCUACAGAAGCUCGACCGGUUUCGGGCUCACGAGGCCAAGGGAAUCAAGGACCAGGUCGGGAAUAUGAUGAAGGAGGAGAUGUGAAUAUGGAUGUGCUUUGAAUGGAUUUGAUGCUUUUCUUUUCUAAGUCGGCUCUUUCUUUCUCCUUCUUUCUGUCUCUCUUUCUGUUUUCAUUUCAUGUCUUUACAAGUAUAGAAGCGAUGCAUAGAACAUGUUAAUUUCCAUUGACCGUGAAAAUUUUC